CUUACGUUGAAGAUUGCUAGCAUUCUCUCACAUAUUCGAUUUAAUAAAUAUUCUUCCCUUUCCUAUGAAAAGAAGUCACCUUAAGGUUCCUCUUGCAUGCUAACAUAUAUACUUCUAUGGUCUUCUGUCUUUUUCAAGCUUGUAAAACUUCGUUGUCAUGUCUCGUUAACUAAGGUGAUCAACAUAUCCAGAAGGAGAUCAUGGAAGAAGAUCAUUCCAAGAAGCAAGAGAGUGGAGGUCAAAUCGCGCUUGAAAUCUCAGAGUUAGAACCAGCUGAAGACCUAACUAUUUCCAUAAGAGAGAAAUUAGAGGCCCUUUCUUUUCCAUGUAGUAUCUUCCAUGUCCCUGACCAGCUUUUUAGCCAAGGAGCACAUGUAUAUUAUUACCCUAAGACAGUCUCAAUUGGUCCGUACCAUCAUGGUAAAAUCCAUCUACUACACAUGGAAAAUCGAAAGUGGGAUUACCUGAAUGCCCUCCUAAGUCGAAAACAUACCUCACACUCUAUCUUAGAUCCAUGUGUUAAGGUUUUAAAGGAGUUGGAACCCAAAAUUAGAGCAUCUUACCAGGGAAACUGUUCUAUAGAAAGCGACGAGUUCAUAAGAAUGAUUCUUCUUGAUGCUUGUUUUAUCAUUGAACUCUUCUUAAGGUAUACUAUCAAAGGCUUAAGGAGGAGGGAUGAUCCAUUGUUUAGAUCACCGGAAAAGUUUCAUAUACUGAGGAAUGACUUGACCUUGUUAGAGAACCAAAUCCCAUUUUUUGUCCUUCAAAAGAUUUAUAACCUUGUCCCUAUUCAUAAGGAAUUUGAUAGAUCAUUUUCUGAGCUCAGUUUACGGUUUUUCAAACUUCUGAUACCCACAGAGGUACAAUUGUUACAAGAAAAAUAUAGCUUUGAAGGUAGCCUACAUUUGCUUGAUUUGAUAUGGAAAUCUUACCUCCCUUCUUUUUCUAAAGUCCCAAAGGGUAGAGGUAAUGGCUCUGGCCGGAAACUGCAUAGCGCGUCUACACUUCAAGAAAUAGGAAUCAAGGUGAAAGCAGUACAAGCAGAGAGUAUUCUGGAUGUAAAAUUUGGAAAUGGAGUACUUUUCAUACCAAGUUUGCACAUUCAUGGUUACAUGGAAGCUUUAUUUCUGAACCUCAUAGCAAUGGAACAUUGUCAUAGUGAGAAGAUGAAGCAUAUUACUUCCUAUGUCUUCUUAAUGAAAGGCCUAAUUGUUUCACAGAAAGAUGUGAGAUUAUUCUUUCGACGGCGUAUUUUCAUAAGCUGUGUAGGGAAAAGGGAAGAACUAGUUGAUCUGUUCAAGAAUUUGUGUGGAAAUGUAGACUUGGAUAAGUUCUACUAUGAGGGAAUGUGGGAGCAACUUAUGGGGUAUGGAAGAACUAGGUGGGAGGUUUGGUAUUAUAAAUUGAAGCGCAAGUAUGAGCUUAUUAAAUGUGGUGUUUCAAGAGCUACGUUGGGAGUUUCAUUUUUAGUUGUUGUGCUUAUUGGGAUUUUGGUUACUGUACUUUAUUUUUUUAUUUCUCGUCACCAUUAAAGAAUUUGUCGAAUAAAAGUAAUUGUACGUAUUAUAAACAAAUUAUAUGGGGAAAUUGCAUAUAGUAAUUUUUUUUUUUUUU